AUGGCUGUCAGGAACUCCAGUCUCGCCUCUUCUCGCCGCAAGUCGCGCGCCGCCCACUUCAACGCCCCCUCCAGCGAGCGCCGCGUUAUCCUCUCUGCUCCUCUCUCGAGCGAGCUCCGCGCCAAGUACAAUGUCCGCUCCAUGCCCAUCCGCAAGGACGACGAGGUCAUGGUCGUCCGUGGCAGCAACAAGGGCCGUGAGGGCAAGGUCACCAGCGUCUACCGCCUGAAGUGGGCCAUCCACGUCGAGCGCAUCAGCCGCGACAAGAGCAACGGCCAGAGCGUCCCCAUCCCCCUCCACCCCUCCAAGGUCGUCAUCAAGAAGCUCCACCUCGACAAGGACCGUGAGGCCAUCCUUGAGCGUGUUGGCAAGGGUCGUGAGGCCGCCAAGGCCAAGUCCGCUUAA